UGAUAAACAGUACACAUUUUUGUGGUAAAAUGAUAGAAAGUACAACAAAAGCAGUGACACGGGGUUGUUUUUCACAUAAAAGCAAUGGUUACACCGUUGAAGCCUGUGCUUGUCAAUCCGUGCCCGGUGAAAUUCCUUGUAAUUCAUCAAAGAGAAUUAAAAUUGAAGUGCCAUUAGUUUUAACGGUGGGGUUAGUCAUGUUGUACCAUUAUGUCAUGGUUGGUAAUACUGUGGAUGAGUGGGAUGAACAUCUGGAUGGUUGUUUGUAAACUGGAGCAUGUAGUUAUGUACUAUAACCAAUAAGUUUGUAUCUUUUAUAUAUUAAGGAAUACCAGUGAAUUUUAUAACGUAAAAUGAACAGUGAAUAUUACUCAGCAGUAUAUACGUGGUUUGAUAAAUGUGGCAUAAUAUCUAAUGUGCGUACACACUUACGGCAGAAUCUAAUAAAUGCAUUGAAAGGAAUCAAACCUUCGUUCUCUUUGCGUGAGAAUACUACUCCAAAAUCUGCAAAUCAAUAUGUGCAUGAUUUAUUAAUAGCGGAGUACUUGUGGAACCGUGAUUACACUUAUUCCCUUUCUGUGUUCGCAAGUGAGGUUCCAUUGCUUGUCAAUUUUCGAGAUGAGCCACAUGCAUCAGACUCUACUGACACUAAUCCACAAAAGUUAAGAGACGAUUAUGUUUGUCAUACUUUGGAGACUUUAGGAAUACGGGCUGAUAGUGUAGAAGGUCAGGUCAUUGUUGAUGACUAUGGGAAGAGCAAUGAUCCUCUGUUACUUUGUAUAUUAAAAUGUCUUUCAAGCAUCUCUAUGAAAAAAUCUAAAGUUAUUUGGUAUGAUAGAGAAACACAGACCACAAAUGAUGGUUACUCCAAGCUUGUAGCGAUCAAGAAAAAGUUAGUGGCGCAAAAAGAAUCUUUUGAGAAGCAGCUUAGUGAAAAGGAGAAUAAGCUACGAGAACAGGCGCAUCUCGUGAAUCAACAACUUGAUUUGCUUAAUAAAAAAUUGGAGCAAGCACAGGCAUUAAUGCUUGCCGUUGAAACAAAAGAAAAAGAAUUGACAGAUGAAAAAAGAAGAAAUUCAGAGAGAAUAUUUCAUAAAGAAAUGGAACUUUCGAUUAAAGAGAAUUUUCUAACACAAGAAUCAGAACGCUUAAAAAAAGAACGUAACAAUUACCAAAGGUUCGAAAGCAAUUUAAAGAAGUUACAAGAUGAAUUAAAUAAAGUGAAGAAGGACAUUCCAUCCAAUGAAAAUAAUUCACCAAUAACUCAGGAUGUAAAAGUACAAACAGAAACCGAAUUUAGUUCCAUAGACGAGGAAAGAAAAUUACUAAACAAAGAGAAGCAGGAAUUAGCAAGUCUGGUACGAGAGCAAAAGUCCAGAAUUGAAGAACUGACUUUACGUGCUGUUCAAUUAUCUCGACAAUUGGAAGAAGCACAUUUAAUAAAAUCAACUACAAUCGACGUUCCAAUUAUUAAAGCGAAUACUAUAGUCAGUGAAAGCAGUUCCACUGAAGACAUUUUACUGGAUGCGAAAAUGCGUCUUCGAAGGCUUGAAGAGGAAAGUUUAAGGGCCAAUCAAUGUUAUAUUAGUUGUAUGACAAAUUCAUUGCAGUGAAUCAAAUUCAGUAAAACAAUUCUGUAGAUAUUUAUUAAAUAUCAAAGCCUUACUAUUGUCUGGCCAGAAUAAUUAUUUAUUUUUAACAUAUCAUGCACCUACUGCGUAUGCAGAUGAUGCUUUAAUAAAAACUUUAGCCGUGACA